GUAGCAACUCUUACUGCUCAUGCAUUUAGGUGCACUGACACCAGGGAAUGUGGCCUUAGUGGACAUAUAACAAGGAUGAAGUAACUUGGAAUUCACUUUUCCCAAUCAGUACUUCUGACUUUGCUUUUGUAUUUUAGCCUCUGUGCCUGCUUGCUUUCCUUCCACAGGAAGAUCAAGGAGGGAUCAGUGGGCAGCCUUGGAGGGAAUGUGUGGUGAUUUGGGCUAUAGCCAUGUGAAUUCUGUAUGGGGGGAUCUAUUGUAGAGAGAGCUAACAGUACUGCCUCACUACAUUUUUGCCAUGUUUUUCUCUUCUUCUUCCAGAAAGAGUGGGGGGAUGGAUGGAAGCAACCAGUCCAGUGUCACUGAAUUCCUCCUCUUGGGUCUCUCUGAAAGGCCAGAGCAGCAGCCUCUCCUGUUUGGCAUCUUCCUAGGCAUGUACCUGGUCACUGUCAUGGGAAACCUGCUCAUCAUCGUGGCCAUUAACUUUGAUCCCCACCUCCACACUCCCAUGUACUUCUUUCUGGCCAGUCUCUCUUUUGCUGAUGCGUCCUUUUCUUCCACUACACUCCCCAAGAUGCUGGUGAAUAUCCAGGCACAUAGUCAGGCCAUAUCUUAUAGGGGGUGUUUGGCCCAGAUGUACUUUUUCAUGACAUUUGGGGCCCUGGAUGACUUCCUCUUGGGGGUGAUGGCCUAUGACCGCUAUGUGGCUAUCUGCCGGCCUCUGCACUACUCCACACUCAUGAGUCCACUGAUGUGCGUGCUUCUUCUUGCUGCAUGCUGGGUUCUCACCAGCUUUGCUGCCAUCUUACACACUCUGCUCAUGGCUAGGCUUUCUUUCUGUGCAGGCAAUGUCAUCCAUCACUUCUUCUGUGAUGUGGUCCCUCUGCUGCAGCUCUCCUGCUCGGACACCAGCACCAACCAGCUAGCCCUGUUCCUUGUGGGCUCCACAAUACUCACUGGUCCACUGUCACUGGUCAUCUUGUCCUAUGCCCGCAUCCUCUCCACCAUCCUCAAGGUGCCAUCUGCCUCUGGCCGAUGGAAGGCCUUCUCCACCUGUGGGUCCCACCUCACUGUUGUCUUCCUGUUUUAUGGAGCAGCAAUCGGGGUCUACCUGUGCCCUCCUUCAUCAGACUCUGGGGGUAAGGACAGAGUUGCAGCAGUAUUUUAUACAGUGGUGACCCCCAUGCUGAACCCCUUCAUUUAUAGCCUCAGGAACAAUGAUAUGAAGACUGCCCUGAGAAGGGUUUUUGAAAUUCACACAGUGUCUUCUCAGGGACUUUAA